CCUAAAAUAAGAUGGAAUUCAAUUAUUUUAACGUAAACUGAACAAAAAGCCUUCACCUAAGGUUCUUUUCAUUCCUACUUAUUCCAAAUUCCAACAAUUUAGCAAGGUUUCACACCUUUAGAAAACAAAGUAAUCUUUAAUUAUAAACGCCCUUUUUUGUGAGUAAUGUAUUUCAUAUACACUAUAGGACAGGAAUUUCAGAGCCUGUGCCAAGUUUUCUAUAGCAGACAGUUUAACAAGGACUUCCUGUUACCAACUAGCUCCAGUGAAAACAACCUUCCUUUAAUCUAAAGAACAGGCAGCUAACAGGCAGAACCGGAUUCUCCAGGUGUGAGGCAAGACUCCAACUACGCAGGUGGAAAAGCAACACAAACAAGCCAAAGGAACAAGACAAAGGAAAAAAGAGAAGAUGAAAGACCGACUUCAAGAACUGAAGCAACGAACAAAGGAAAUUGAGCUCUCUAAAGACAAGGAUGUGUCGGCUACAGAAGCAGAGGAACAAGGGGUGUUUCUGCAGCAAGCUGUUAUUUAUGAAAGAGAGCCUGUAGCUGAGAGACACCUACAUGAGAUCCAAAAACUACAGGAGAGCAUUAACCAUUUGACAGAUAAUGUUCAAAAAUUUGGGCAGCAACAGAAAAGUCUGGUGGCUUCAAUGAGGAGGUUCAGUUUAAUUAAGAGAGAAUCUAGCAUUGCGAAAGAGAUAAAAAUCCAAGCAGAACACAUUAACCGAGCUUUGGAUGAUUUAGUAAAAGAAGUUAAAAAGUCAGAGGAUGAAAGUGGUCCAUCAUCAGUGGUCACAAGGAUACUUAAAUUUCAGCAUGCUGCGAUGUUCCGCCAUUUUCAGCAAACUAUGUUUACAUACAAUGACACAAUAGCAGCAAAACAAGAGAAGUGCAGGACAUUUAUUUUCCGUCAGCUUGAAGUUGCUGGAAAAGAACUACCUGAAGAAGAAGUAAAUGAUAUGCUUCAUCAAGGAAAAUGGGAAGUUUUUAAUGAGAGCUUACUCACAGAAAUCAGUAUCACUAAAGCACAACUCUCAGAGAUAGAGCAGAGACACAAAGAACUGGUCAAUCUGGAAAGCCAAAUAAAGGACUUAAGGGAUCUUUUCAUUCAGAUAUCGCUUUUGGUAGAGGAACAGGGAGAAAGUAUCAACAGUAUUGAAAUGAUAGUCAAUGGCACAAAAGAGUAUGUUAACACUACUAAAGAAAAAUUUGGACUAGCUGUAAAAUACAAAAAAAGAAAUCCUUGCAAGACAUUGUGUUGUUGGUGUUGUCCAUGCUGUGGCUCAAAAUAAAGGAGCUACUUUAGAAAUUUUUCCAGUUUAGAAUGAAGGAUGUUCUGUAAUUUACUGUCUCAUAUCACUCUUCUUCAUUUCAUACAGCCACUCAUAAACUUUCAUCGCUAUUAAGUUAUAAUUUUCCCCUUUCAUUCUUACCUACUAGAAUGACAGAAAUUUCUCAAGCUAGUAACAGAAAACAAGUCUUUGAUUAUUAAACUAAAUAUAGUAUAUUAGCUUCAAACUCAUGGGUCAACUAUUAAAAAUGAGAUGAAUCAUCUUAAGUUUCUAGACAGAUAACAAGCUCUAUCACAUAUUUUUUGUAAUCUUUCAAUGCCUAAACAAGAUAAAUGUCAAUAAAUGAAAACUACUUAAACAAUCCUUCAGGUUCAUUUAAGAGCAUUUUGGUAGUAAAGAAUUGUAUAAGACAAGACUUCAAGGAGUGCUAUAUUGAAGCAAAAUCAAACUGGAAGCUGUAUAAAAUCUUUUAUGUUCAGACAGGUCAGUUAACUCAGGGGUCAACAAAUCCUAGGGAAACCCAACUAUUAAUAUGCACUCAAUGAAGAGUCUAAUUGGUAACCAGGAGCUGAUUCUAGCUUAAGGCCUAAAAAGCUAAGUGAAGGAACUGUUUUCCUGGACUUGGAUCCAUUCAGGACUGUAUUACAGAUUAAGAAAACUGGCAAAUAAAGUAAAAAAUAAAGGUAACUGUAUUAU